CAAAAAAGAGCGGGGCAGCUGCUGCGGAUAGAGAGACAAAAAACAUUAGAUGAAAGGCUCUUCUGCUAAAAGAGAGAAAGAGAGACUUAUGUAGAUAGAGAGACAAAUAACAGUGAUAGAUAGACAGAUAGAUAGACAGAUAGAUAGACAGAUAGAUAGAUAGAUAGAUAGAGAGAUAGACAGAUAGAAAGACAGACAGAUAGAUAGAUAGAUAGAUAGAUAGAUAGAUAGAUAGAUAGAUCUAUCUAUCCGCAGCUAUAAACAAGAGAUGCAGAAUCACAAAAGGUCAACAACAAGAACAGGCAAGGUCGUUACCAGAUCACUUUUCGCACCAUACAGAAAAGUGUCAGUCAGUUGAUUCAGUAUAAAAAGCAGAAACAACACAGCAGACUCUCUCAGCGCUUCUCUUGUUAACAGAAGAUUUUCUCCACCAAAGUACAUACUACAGCCGCUCCUAGAAAAAAACCAAAAACCUGCAAAACAUGUGUGCUGGUACUUGGGGUUACGGAGAUGAUAAUGGUCCUAGUGUGUGGGCGCGUGAUUAUCCCAAAGCGGCUGGCCAAAAACAGUCUCCAGUCAAUAUAGAAACUGGCAGUGCGAAAGCCGUGAAACACAAAUACGCCCUCAAGGCCGAUUAUUCGCCUGAACCGAAUAUGUCGUGCGUCAAUAAUGGACUGACAUUUGUGGCCACAAUCAACGGAGAUAAUUUCAUUAGUGGUGGUCCGUUGGAUACAACUAGCUACAAACUGGCAAGUUUCCACUUUCAUUGGGGCUCCAAUGAUUUCCAGGGUUCUGAACACACAAUAAACAGCCAAGCAUACCCGGCAGAGUUACAUUUGGUUCACUGGAACUACAACAAAUACGCUACAUUUCCAGACGCUGCAGCAGCCAAUGAUGGGUUGUCUGUCUUGGGCGUCAUGCUAAAGGUUGGAGAACCAAAUGCUGCCCUGCAACAAGUAUGUGAUGCCAUGAAGAAGGUGACAUCUGCUGGUUCAAACUUUGUAAUGACUUCAGACUUUGAUUUACCUGGUCUAGUUCCUGGUGACGUCAACAAGUUUUAUACUUACCCUGGUUCCUUGACCACCCCUCCAUGUCAUGAAAGUGUCACUUGGAUUGUCUGUCAGGAAACAAUUGGCUGUUCUAAAGAACAGCUUUCUAUUCUAAGAUCUCUCAAGAACAAUGAUAAUAAUCAUCUGGUAGAUAACUUCCGACCCGUGAUGCCACUUGGAGACAGGACAAUAUGUUGUUCUGAUUAAAUUUCUUUGCAAAAAUCA